AUUUCUUUUUCCCUUUCCCUAUAUUUCAAUUGUAUAUCAAUUGAAUUGCAAUAAUAUAAAUAGUUUGUAAAUUCCCCAUUGAAUACCAACUUUUGUCGGGAUUGUUUUUUUUAUAUCUUCAUCAGUUCAUAGAUCAGUCUUCCAGAUAAUUAAUAGAAUUAAGAAAUGUCUACUCAAAACGUCAUUAGUGAAGAAUACCACGAAAACAAUUCCGGUGGUAAAACUGCCUUCAAGGAUUACAUUGGUAAAUUUGCCCAUAUUGAAGAUCCUUUAGAAAGAAGAAGAUUAGCUUUAGAAGAAAUUGACCAUGCUGGAUUUGGAUGGACUCAAUUGAAAAUGAUUAUGAUUGCCGGUGUUGGUUUCAUGACCGAUUCUUAUGAUAUUUUCGCCAUUAACUUAGGUUCAUCUAUGAUGGCUUAUGUUUUCUGGAAAGGUAACAUGCCAGCUUCCACCACUACUUUAAUUAAGGUUUCUACUUCUGUUGGUACCGUUCUCGGUCAACUUGGUUUCGGUUUCUCUGCUGAUUUCUUCGGUCGUAAGAAGAUUUAUGGUUUAGAAUUAAUUGUCAUUAUUUGUGCUACUAUUUUACAAUGUUGUCUUGGUCAAUCUCCAGCCAUUAAUUUCGUUGCCAUUUUCACCACUAUGAGAAUUGUUAUGGGUAUUGGUAUUGGUGGUGAUUAUCCAUUAUCUUCCAUUAUCUCUUCCGAAUUCUCUACUACCAAAUGGAGAGGUGCUAUUAUGGCUGCUGUUUUCUCUAACCAAGGUUUAGGUCAAUUAAUGGGUGGUAUUGUUGCCAUCGUUGUUAUUGCUGCCUACAGAGAUGACUUAGAAUUUGCCAAGACUGGUGCUGAAUGUGUUGGUAGAUGUAUCAAGGCUAACGAUCAAAUGUGGAGAAUCUUAAUUGGUUUCGGUUGUGUCCCAGGUGUUAUUGCUUUAUACUAUAGAUUAACUAUUGCUGAAUCUCCAAGAUAUGCUCUUGAUGUUAACGAACACGACACCUUAGAAAAGGUUGCCGAUGCUGAAGCUGCCAUUGCUUCUGAAGCUCAUGAAAUUGUUGCUCCAAAGGCUUCUUUCUCUGAUUUCUUUGCUCAUUUCUCUCAAUGGAGACAUGCUAAGAUUUUAAUUGGUACUGCUGGUUCUUGGUUCAUGUUAGAUGUUGCUUUCUACGGUUUGAAUUUAAACACUGCUACUAUUUUACAAACUAUUGGUUACGCUGGUUCUUCUAAUGUUUACGUUAAAUUAUACGAUUCUGCUGCUGGUAACUUGAUUUUAGUCUGUGCCGGUGCUUUACCAGGUUACUGGGCCACCAUUGCUACUGUUGAUACCGUUGGUAGAAAACCAAUUCAAUUAUUCGGUUUCUUCAUGUUAACUGUCUUAUUAUGUGUCAUUGGUUUUGCUUACCACAGAUUAACUGAAGGUGGUAAAUUAGGUCUUUACAUUGUUUUCCAAUUCUUCCAAAAUUUCGGUCCAAACUCUACUACUUUCAUUAUUCCAGGUGAAAUUUACCCAACCAGAUACAGAUCUACUGCUCAUGGUAUUUCUGCUGCUUCCGGUAAAGUUGGUGCCAUUAUUGCUCAAACCUGUAUUGGUACUUUAGUUAACCACGGAUGUGCUAAGGACGAACCAAACUGUUGGUUACCACAUGUCAUGGAAAUCUUCGCUUUAUUCAUGUUGUUAGGUAUCUUCACCACUUUAUUGAUUCCUGAAACCAAGAGAAUGACCUUAGAAGAAAUUUGUGAAAAAUACCACGGUGAAUUAGAUGCCACCAAGUUAGUUAAAGACAGAUAUGCUACUCAAGAAGAAUCUUAUGAUUCUGAAGAAAAGCAAUAAGUAAAUAACUAAUUAUUUAUUUCUUACAAUAGCUAUCAUUUUUUAAUUCCUUCUUUCAUUUUUAAUUUAAUAAUUACGUUUAUAUCUUUAAAAUCUAAAGCUUGUAUUUACCAUAGUGUGCAUUAUAAGCUUAGUACGGGUUUAAUCUUUCAAUGUUUGUGUAUAUAGAAUCAUAAUAAAAGGCAAUUUGUUAUAAAGUUUUAGAAGCGUAAGUAUAAUUCUUUGAUUUAAUUAAAAAAUUAAUUAAAGUAGUAAUACUUAAAUUGAACUC